AACCACCAUCCAUCUCAAUCCUAGAGAGAGAAAGUCUAAAACAAGAAAGUUUCUAGAGAGAGAAAAGGGGCGACCUGAUUAACACAAAAAAAAAUAUGACGGGAUCGAAGUCUAUGAUUUUGUUAGUGGUCAUGUUCAUUGCAUCUUUCCAAUUGCAUGGCAUAAUGGCACAGACUAGGCAUGUCGUUGGAAACGCCUUGGGCUGGACUAUUCCCGCAGGUGGUGCUGCAACUUAUACCACCUGGGCUUCCCAACAGACCUUCACCGUCGGUGAUACUCUGUUGUUUAACUUCACGACCGGAUUACAUAAUGUGGCGGAAGUUUCACAGGCAGCAUAUGGCCCGUGCUCGUCCACCAACACCCUCUCACUCAACCCUACCGGCCCUGCCCUCGUCACCUUGACUCGUCCUGGCAACCACUACUAUAUAUGCACUGUCGUAAGCCAUUGUCAAAUUGGUCAGAAACUGGCCAUCAAUGUCUUGUCUGCCACCUCCACCACUCCCGAGGGGACACCAUCUCUACCCGUAUCUCCACCAUCUACCAUCGCUACUCCUCCAACCCCUUUCGUGUUCUCUCCCGCCGGCAGCCCUAUUCCACCACCAACAACUAGCUCAUCGACAUCCUUCACCGCCGUGGUACCCGUCACUUUCUUGGCAGUUGCUUUAGCUUUCUUUUACUAGAUCAUUUUGAUUGAUCUUUCGAGUUUUUAUUGAGGCAUGUGAUGCAGUUUUUAAUACUAGGAAUUUAUAAAUGUUUGUGUUCAUUAUGUAUUAUAUGUUACUUUAAAUGGUUUGAAUAAAAAAUUUAUAUUUUUAUAUC